AUGCGCAUGGCACGAGAAGCUGCAGCCAGCGACCAGGAGGAUUCGGCUCAGAUUUCAGAUGUUGUGAUUUAUAUCUUCGAGAGGGGCCCGAAUAAUUACGGCGAAGCUUUGCGCGACUCAAGGCGUGAGACCUGGAAGAAGACAAUGCACGAAGUGCUGACGGCUCUUGAAGACAACGCGGACGCGCAAGGAAAUUUAGAGAGGCUCAAGGCGAGAUUAAUUGCGUGCGGCAACGAGAAAGUCCUAGGCGUGGACUACAGUCUCACUUUCACUGUCGACAAGUCCUUGUCGACAGUGAAAGUGAUAUCGGCACUCGCGGCGACGUGGAAGGUACCGGCAAAGCACGGAGGUUUUCCUAACGCUAAUUACAAGGCGGACAAAGAAGCGCACCUUGACAUUUGUUUGCAAGUCCCUCAAGGUAUGGACAUCGAGUACAAGGCGCUUAAGAGUCUUGGCGCCAGAAGAAAAAAUGAUAUAGUGCUUCAGCUGCAUCAAAGUCUGUAUGGCUUAGAGCAAGCGGGGCGCCUAUGGAGUCAGCUUCUACACACGCGACUCACGGAGGAUGGUUUUGAGCAAUGUGUUGCGGACAUGUGUCUGUACCGCAAGCAAGAUGGUGAAGAUGUUGUCGUGGUCGGCGUGUAUGUCGAUGAUUUCCUUGCGACCGGCACUAGCGUUGUAGCAGUCGAUAAUUUCUUCGCCAGCCUUGGUUCGCUAUCGAUCUAG